AUGGCCAUCCAAAAGCCAUACAAUAGCAAUAUGAGCACAGUGGCUCUAAUGGUAGUAGUCCUAGUUCUAGCCUGUCAAAUCAUGUCAGCUCAUUGCACUCCUACUAUGAUACUAGCAAGCACUCCUAGAAGAUACCUGCUAGCAGUGCACUUGUCAGCUGCCACUGCUUCGGCCACAAAAACAGGGAUGAUGGAGGGCACAAUCACUCCAACAGAAGGUGGUGUCCCUGCAGGAGCGACAGAGGACGUCCGCCCUACUAACCCAAGCCACAGCCCUGGGAUCGGACAUGCAUUCACCCACAACAGGAUUGGGAGGAAGCUUCUUACUAUGAUCACCAGUCAAUGUGAUUAA